ACCAAGCGGUCCAGAAAGCGUGCUGUCUUCCGAAUUCAGAAGAUCCCUCCCCCAUUUCUUCCCCCUUCGAUCUCGCGGUGUCUUCGAGACCAAUAUUAUUUUUUUUCUGGUGGUGGCGACAGUGAGUGUGGUUCUCCGUGUGAUUAUCGGUGGUGCAUGACCGUUUGACCGCAUGCCCGGUCACGUGACUCACCUGCUGCUCCUUGGCUGCCUGCUCUGUCUGAUCGGCGAUGUGCCGAGGAUCGAGGCUCUCCACCGCUGGAGUCCCAUGAUGAAGGCCUUCCGGUAUCUCCAGGAGACGAUGCUCCGGAACAGUCUGGAGCGGGCCCAUCUGAAUCACGGGAUUGUCUUCGAGUGUCGCACCAUAUCAGCUAAGGAUUUUGGCAACGAAGUGCAUUUCAAUCUGCAACUGGGCGAUCUUCGAGGAUUUCGUCGGCUGGAUCCUAAGAAAAAGUUGGCUCUGUUUUUGCAUGGAUGGAAUGAUCAAGGAAGUAAGGACUGGGUGCAAGAACUAUUACUGACUUGGACACUUUUCGACUCCAACUAUAAUGUGUGUGUUGUGGACUGGGGAAAUCUGUCGCAGAAUGAUUACAAGACCGCAUCCAUGUCCAUUUUCGAUGUGGGCCUAACGGUGGCGGGGAUUAUAAUGGCCCUGGAGGAACUGCGACCCACUCACUUCCAUCGGAGCAACGUGACCUUGGCGGGAUACAGUCUGGGGGCCCAUGCCGCCGGAUAUGCGGGGGCGGUGCUGGAGGGCCAGGUGGAGCAGAUCAUUGGGCUGGAUCCCGCCGGACCCCUCUUCUCGCUGCCCGCCGAGGUGUCGCCCAAGUACCGCCUGGAUCCAGGCGAUGCCCAGUUCGUCCAGGUGCUCCACACAUCGGGGGGUUCCUUGGGAACGAGUCUGAAGUGCGGACAUGCCGAUUUUUACCCCAAUGGAGGCCGGGCCCCCCAGACGAACUGCAAGAUGUUCGCCAAUCUGCGGGAUAUGCAGAAUACCAAUCCCAUAGCCUGCAGUCACUCGGCGGCUGCGAUUUUCUUCCGGCAGUCGAUGGAUCCCGAGUAUCCGUUCGUGGGCCUCGAGUGCGGCAGUUAUCGGGAGUUCUCCGCCGGAUAUUGCGAUGACAACCGGAAGGCGCGCUUCGGAAUCCAUUCGCAGAGGCGUGCGCAGGGGAGCUUCUACUUCCGCACCGCCCCCCAGCAGCCCUAUGUGCAGAGGCGUCAGAAGAAUUGGCUGAGCGGGGUGGGGCGAAUGUCCGGCGCAAGGGCGUCGAUGGUUGACCUCAGCGGGAACCCCCUUGUGCUGCGCCUCUGGACGAACAGCUGGCGGCGGCGGCAGAGAGCGCGAGAGCGGCCGAGAAGAGAGAGAGAGCGAUCGAUGUGUGUGAAUUAGUUCCUAGUGUUUUGUUAGUGUUAUGUGGGCCCACAA